AUGGCUUCAUCGGAUGACGUUUUCAAAGAACUCUUUGCUAGUAUAUACGAGCCCUUCUUUGGACUAAAUGAGAUGGAUCAUGAGCUCCAUGGUAUUUAUAUGGAUCACAAACCAGAGCAUGAGUUUGUGACUGUGCUUGAUAAAUGUGAACAACAGUCGAUGAAGAAUAAGUACAUAAUUCAUGAUCCAAACACACCAUGGGAUAAGAUGGAACCUAAAGUAGGUGAUAUGUUUGAGUCUCCUGCACAACUUAAGUUUUGUAUUCAAAAUUAUGGGGUCUCAAAUGGACAUCAGAUAUACUUUGAAAAAUGUGAUAAAACUAGAAUAGUUGCAAGAUGUGGGAAGAGGACAAAGAUGAAUGAUUAUCCUUUCAGAUUGAAGUUCAAAUUUGGAAGUUUUGUUUCCCCUCAAUGGAUAGGUAGGCAUUACAUUACUGAAACUGAAAACACACCUAAGAUGACACUUACGGAUAUGAUUGCUGAUAUCAAACAAAGGUUGAGAUGUAUAGUGAAUGGUGAGUUGUUGACUACUAUUGGUAGAGAUGCUAAUAACCAACUAUAUCUUAUAGCAUGGGUUGUUGUCGAUGUUGAAAGCAAGCCUAACUGGACUUGGUUUAUUGAGCUUCUUAGAGAUAGUCUAGACCUUCAUGAUCUCAAAGGAUCGGUGGUGAUAUCUGACCAACAUAAGCCUCCAAAGAAGAAAAACAUGUCAAAGAAAGAAUCCUCAAGUUCCAAGGUUUUAAAAGAAUCAAGGUCCAAAAAAGAGGCUACUAGAUAUGAUGAAUCAUUAAGAGCUUCUCAAUCCAGUCAGCCUCCAAAGAAGAAAAACAAGUCAAAGAAAGAAGCAUCAAGUUCCAAGGAAGGUGAUGGUAUUCAGACUGGGGAUCAUGGUAAUAGUAUUGUGAUUGGGGAACAUGGUGAUGGUAUUCAGAUUGGGGAAGGUGAUGGUAUUGACACUGGGGAUCAUGAUGAUGGUAUUGAGACUGGGGAUCAUGGUGAUGAUAUUCAGACUAGGGAUGUUAUUUAUGUUAUUAUUGAAGAUGGUCAUAUUGUUGAAGAAGUUGAAGUGAUUGAUGUUGGAAAAGAAGAUGUUUUGCUUAAAAGGGUUGGUUUAGAGCUAUACAAAGUACUUGAUGAAGUUGAGCAGCGGGUGGAUGAAAUAUUAGGGGAGGGUAGUUUUAAACAACAAUCAGAAACCUAUGAUGCUACUCAAUCAGAUUAUGGGGGUAAUGUUGAGUUUAGUGAAUGA